UCUACAAAAAAAGACAACUCAAACUCCUCUGUUUUCCCCUGUUUCUCCCCUGUUUCAUCUGUUCCAAAAUCCGCCAUUAAAAUGGCCUCCAUAAGCUUAGAAGAGCUUCACCUCUACCACGCCAUUGAUAGAGAGCUCUUCUCCCGUUUGAUGAUCAACCUCUCACGAGAUCCCGCCCAGUCUCUUCUAAUCAUUUCCCUUUGGCUAUGGCUCGAAGAACAGGGCUUCACCAAUUUCAUUUUCAAAAUCAUCCCUUUCCCCGACCACUUCAUCAAUUCCUUAGCUAAUGAAGCUCUUUUCUGUCUCAACUCACUCGUUUUCGAUUCCCGACACGGCGGUGGGCCCCACCCUACUCUCCUUCCGCCUGUCUUUCCGGCCACCUCCUUGGUGGCCGGAACAGAAAUCUCAGUUGUGUUGUUCAUACGAAACCGGUUCAGAGCAAUCAGUGGAGUUAAGUACUUUCUCACCAAUGUCUGUUCUCGGGUUUUUACUGACAUUUUGGAGACUGUGUUGGGAAGAACCGAUUCUCAAUCGGAUGCGGCUUUAGUGAUUAAUGGGUUUCCACAUCCGGUUUUUGGUUCGAUCACAAUUGUCCCUAAAUGUUUGAACCAUACUUUUCCGACCGGUCGGUUAUGGGAGUGGCGAAUGUCGGACGGCGGCAUAGUGGAAGACGACCGGACUCUGUUUCUGACAUUUUCGCGGGGGUUUCCGGUGUCGGCGGAGGAAAUAAAGGGGCUUUUUACAGAGGCGUUUGGGGAGUGCGUUGUGGGUAUUCAGAUGGAGUUGGUUCCGGUCGGCGAGCAGCCGCUGUACGCUCGAGUGGUGAUGAGUUCGGUGGUGGCGGUGGAUCGGAUCCUCGACGGGAAGCGAAUUGCUAAGUUUCGUACUAAUGGUAAGCAUAUUUGGGCUCGGAAAUAUGAACGGAGAUCGGAAUUAUUGACCGGAAAGUGAAGAACCCAUUUCGGAAAAACCGAAGAUCGUCGUGGGUUUUUAAUAAAAAUCCGAACUUUGUAGUUUAAUUUCAACUAUUUUGACGAAUUUCUUCGUGUUUUUUUGUUCUGUUUUUGUUGUGUUUCUUGUCGGCUUGAUUUACCACAAUGCUACACACUUCUGUCUCUCGGUUGA